CCAUAUGAACGACCGGCGGGCAUAUAAGAUGCACAUGUGCGUCAGAUGAUAGUGGAGGUAAGAACAAUACGUCGGUACUCGCAGGCAAAUAAAGAUCACAGACGAACUGAAGUGGAGUUCGAGCCUAAAAGACAUUCAACGGCGAAAGCCCAGAAAUCUUGAGUUGAGUGGCAAGACGGAGCUAAGGGACGAUUUGAGGAGGCCAAAAAAGUUCUAGGGAAUAACGGAAAAAAAACUGUAGAAAUGGAUCCAUUGGAUGCCUUGAUAGCGCAAGUUCAAGGAUUUUCAGACAGCAAUGCGGAUGUUACGCAUCUUCACGGGUUGCUUAAAGAGUUUGACGCGCAAUCUCCUCUCCACGAACUGCCCUCUGCUCGCUUGUCUCAUCUUCUCUCACAAUUGGACCCUGUCAAGCACUCUCUCGGCUAUCUCUAUGUCCUGGAAGCACAAUCUUCUGGAUCGAUUCCUAGGGAGCAGGCUGAGGCAUUCUUGCUGACUGCCUCCAAUUUUAUUAAUUCAUGCUUAGCAGAACAAAUACGUAUAGCUCCUGAAAAAUUUACAACCUUCUGCAGGAGGUUCAAGGAACAAGCAAUGGAUUUGCAACUGCCCAAACAAACAAUCAUACCAUUAAGGACAGCUAUUAGGAAGCUUCAACCAUCUUCUGAGCAUUUGACGUCUUUGCACCCAGACUUUUUACUCAUGUGUCUGCUGGCAAAAUGCUAUAAAGCUGGAUUAAGCAUUUUGGAGGAUGACAUUUUUGAGAUCGAUCAACCAAGGGAUUUCUUACUGUACUGCUAUUAUGGGGGGAUGGUUUAUAUCGGAUUGAAGCACUUCAGCAAAGCCUUGGAAUUUUUGCAACAUGCUAUUACAGCCCCAACAACAGUUUUAACUGCAAUAACCGUUGAGGCGUAUAAAAAAUACCUCCUAGUUUCUCUCAUUCACACUGGUCAGGUUCCAUCAUUCCCAAAAUAUACACCUGCUGUUGUGCAAAGAAAUUUGAAAUCUUGUACUCAGUCAUAUAUUGAGUUAGCAAACAACUAUACUUCUGGGAAAAUUUCUGUGUUGGAAAGUUGCCUCAACAUGCACAUGGAAAAAUUCAAAAAUGAUAGUAACUUGGGGUUAGUAAAACAGGUUUUGUCAUCUCUUUACAAGCGUAACAUCCAGAGACUAACACAAACAUAUUUGACUCUAUCUCUUCAAGACAUAGCAAAUACAGUCCAGUUGGAGACAGCUAAGCAGGCUGAGCUGCAUGUUCUUCAAAUGAUUCAAGAUGGGGAGAUAUUUGCAACAAUAAAUCAAAAGGAUGGGAUGGUGAGCUUCCAAGAGGAUCCUGAACAGUACAAAACAUGCAAGAUGACUGAGCAUAUAGAUUCUGCAAUUCGACGAAUCAUGGCCCUUUCAAGGAAACUCACCUCUAUAGAUGAACAGGUUUCAUGUGAUCAUGCCUACCUGAGUAAGGUGGGGAGAGAACGCUCAAGAUUUGACAUAGACGAUUUUGAUACCGUCCCUCAGAAGUUCCCAAACAUGUGAUGCUGGCUGGAUUUCAGUGCCCAUUGUCUCUUUUACAUUCAUGAGUUACAUAUGAAAUGUGAUUUGUUCUCUGCUGGUUGCCAUUAUUAUGACGCAAAGACAUGUCAUGGGAAUGGUACUGUCAUCUUUAAUUUUCCUUGGUAAUAAAUUCAAUGAUUUUGCUCUCAGGUGGAAAUUUAAAUGUAACAACUUGAGCUGUUAAAGUAGACUAUGAAGCUGCAUACUUAUGUGCUGAGUGAACGACAACUUGUUUAAGAUGUUUAUAUUUGCAAACUAGUUAUCUUUCUUGACAAUCUGAAGUCUAAUUAUAAAUUACUCUUUGUGCUUUCAAAAGCACCCGGACACUUAAAGCUUCCCUAUUUACAUUGGUCGGCUCUACUCAAUGUGGGCGCCCACCCUCAUUAUUGUCACAUGUAUAAAUAUUUUUUGUGGGCAUACUAAUAUUGAAUUGGCUAAAUUUGACAGUCAAUGAGAUAUAAAAUAUUGUCAUUGAAUUAUUGAUAUUGAAUAA